CAUCUUCUAAAGAACAUGCACAGCGGAAUCUCGAGUUUUUAAUUUCCAUGCCGAGACCUAUGCUGAAGGAUACUGUAGACAAAACGGAUGUUUCGCUCCUAUUGUUAGUUGCGUUCGCUGCCUUCAGGGCACCAACGACUUCUUAAGGCUUUCUCGCGGGCCAUGGGCGGGCUGUGCUCGCGGGAGGAGUCUGCACCGUUCGACGACGAUAAAUCGAGGAACAACCCCGGACAAAAGCCCAACGCUGAUAACAAUGUAGCUUCUGGUGCACAGCCCCAACCUCUAGAGUCCACAGAUACAGCUAGCGAGCUUCUUGCGUUGAAGGCGCAGCUGCAGCAGCUCCAGGAUCGUAAUUCAGCUUUGCAAAAGGAGCUUUCAGCAGCAAAGGAUACAGCCCGCUCUUACGCAGAGCUGCAGUCCAAGCACCAGGAGCUGCAGACGGAGCAUGAUGGAUUGCAACGGGAGUUUGAGUCGGCUCGGCAGCAGCUUGCUGGGGCUGGGCUGCAGGCCCAACUGGAGGCGCGAGCAGAGGCCGAGCGCAAGCUAGCAGAGGUGCAGAAACAGUAUUCGGAGCUCAAAAGCAUGAACAACCAACUGCGGCGGAGAGUAUCAGACCUUGCAACGGGGCACGCUGAGCCGCCGGUGGCCCUGCCUGCGCCAGAGCAGGUAAAUGCAUCAAUGGCGAGAACUUCCUACGGCCGUUCGGCUAAUGCCAACGACUGUUUUCUUUCUCAGCCUUGCACUGCAGCGGAUGAGGGCAACCGUCUCGUGCUAGCUAAGAUUCGGGACAGCAAUCCUAACAGCAAGAUCAGCGUGGCCUUCUGGCGGUCCACCGACUUCAGGCGUUGGCAGGGCGUGCGCACGGCCAACGGGGAGGUUACUGGCCUGGCUUUGAGCAGCAUGCACUUGACGGUCCUGCCGUCGGAGGUCGGACAGCUUACAAGCUUGACUGCUUUGUUGCUUAGCAACAAUGGCCUUACACAACUGCCACCGACACUCGGCCAGCUCACCAGCCUUACUUCCUUGAUGUUGGACGGUAACAACCUGAAACAGCUCCCUGCGGAGCUUUGUGACCUUACGCAGCUGCAGACGCUGUGGUUGCACGACAACCAGCUGGCAUGCCUUCCGCAUGCGUUGGGCAAAUUGACCAACCUACGCCAGCUGAUCGCCAACGACAAUGCGUUGGAGCAGCUGCCUCAGAGCAUUGGGGAGCUCAAAUGCCUGACCUCGCUGUGGCUCGACAACAACAAACUGACUGAGCUGCCGGAGACCUUCAGCCAGCUCACAGAGCUCAAGCGAUUGCGCGUCGACUCCUUUCUAGCGGUGCUAGUGCCGGAGCAGUUCCGCGGCGCCGGCACUGUGGUGCAGCCGCCGUCCCCUAGGUCGGGGCCCCAGGUGGUGCCAGCGGUGCAGCAGGAGUUGCCCGGGCGAGGGACGGAGAAGCGGCCGGAGCAGCAGGAGGAGAGCCGCCCGCAACAGCAGGAAGCUGAUAAAUGCUGCCAGGCACCAGGGGUAUGCCUGUCUUCAGCGGAGGACCCCGUCGUUGCAGCAACCGGGGUCGCGGACGUCGUCGACACUCCGGGCCCGCUAUUGACGGGCAUGUCGGGGAAAACGCAAGCUCCGGCCGUAACACUCUUGGGGACAGGAGCGACUGUGGGGCCAGGGAUGGCCACGGACGCAUGAGAGCAAGCUGCGGGCAGCUGAGCGGGUGGCACGAGCGACAGUCCAGCGCGGCAGCCCGCGUGUUUUUAUUGCUUACCUUUUAUGGCGCUACGGUACAUUACACACAUAUGGAUGCAGGGUCAGGACGUAUGCUGAGAUGCGUGCUUGUUUAACAGUGUGCUGGUGACCGCCUAGUCUUCCAGUCCUUGCACAUUAAUGUGCCCGCAGGCGGGUUUCCAGUGGGAGAGGUUGCUCGUAAUGCAUGGCGGUUCUGGGACAUAAACUCGUGGUAGUGGGGCCGCGCAGUGCACCCAAUAAAAGCGCUCUGGCCCAGUGGAAGUUCCUGUGUCCGAACUAUUGGGGCCGCGCGGCACUGAGGGUGCGCAUGUGUUCGUGGAUUUUGUACUGACAGCGGGCGACUCGAGGAGUCUUAUAAUGAGUUGGAGCAGCUUGCGGACUAAACCUAUUCAUGUGGCGUGCAUAAUUUCACAGCUUGGAACUACGGUUUCAUACGGCGUGCAGCCUGCGAAUUGCAGCUUUUCGAUAGGUGCUCAUCGUGAGGGAAGGCGGGUAGAGGUUAUGUAUUACGGAUGCAGACGGAUUUUGAGGGUACGAGGGGCGUUACACGUGUUGCAGGAUCACGUUGACUAGGUGACUUUCAUGGGACUAGGAACACAGGGCAUAUGCAAAUGAAGGUAUCGCUUUGCCUCGUCUUGUUGCGUCGGCCCAUAUCUUAAUAAAGCGUGCGUACGGCUAUCCUACAGCAGUAGGAUGUAAAUUUGGUGCAAAUGUGUGUG